UGGGCCUGCCGCGCUGCUCCUCGGCCACCUGGUGCGGUCCUGGCGCCCGCCAGUGCGGCGCCCUGAGUCUCCCUGUGUCUGGCCUCGUGUUGGGACAGAAAGCGCUGCAAGGAUGGGCUCUAACGACGCUGCUUCUUCUUCCUUAGGGCGCCAUUUCAGAGCCAGCACGGGCGCCUGGAGCCUCCCUCAAGGAUGGACCCGCUGGAAGGAUGACGCUGGCCCGGCCGAGCGUGGCGGCAUGUUCAGGGCGGGGGGCGCGGGGGAGCGGCCCCCCCGCGUGCGCAGUGUGGAGGUGGCCCGCGGGCGCGCGGGCUACGGGUUCACGCUGUGCGGCCAGGCGCCCUGCGCGCUCAGCGGCGUCCUGCGGGGCAGCCCCGCUGACCUCGUGGGCCUGCGCGCCGGGGACCAGAUCCUGGCGGUCAACGAGAUCAACGUGAAGAAGGCCUCGCACGAGGACGUGGUGAAGCUGAUCGGCCGCUGCCCGGGCGUCCUGCACAUGGUGGUGGGCGAGGGCCGCGGCCCCCCGCAAGCCUGCUCCAGCGACGACGAGGGGGGCGCCUGUGACCGUGAGGGCUGGCCGGAGCCCAGGCUCGACUCCAAGGCCCUGGGGAUCAGCCGCGCCCAGCGGGUGGUGGAGGAGAUGCGCUCGGGCGGCAUCUUGAGCAUGAUCCUGGAGAGCCCCGGCCUGCGCGCCCACGGCCCCGAGCCCCCGCGGCGCCAGCAGAGGGUGCAGUCGGAGGCGGCCGCCACGGCCCCAGCCCUCAGAGCCCAGGCCCGGAGCGGCCCCCGCGCCCGCCCGCUGUCGCAGGAGGAGGUCGCCAAGGUGGUCCAGGUCGUGAGCGACGAUGCGGCAUUCGGGGCCCGGUGCGAGGGCCACGAGGACGUGGGGCUGGAUGCCAGCAUCCUGAACGUGGCCAUGGUGGUGGGCUACCUGGGCUCCAUCGAGCUGCCCGCGGCCAGCGGCAGCCUGGAGUCGGACAGCCUGCAGGCCAUCCGGGGCUGCCUGCGGCGCCUGCGGGCCGAGCAGAAGGUCCACUCGCUGGUGGCCCUGAAGGUCAUGCACGACUGUGUGCAGCUGUGCGCCGAGCGGGCGGCCGUGCUGGCCGAGUACCCCGCCGAGAGGCUGGCCUUCAGCGCCGUGUGCCCCGACGACCGCAGGCUGUUCGGGCUGGUGACCAUGCAGGCGGGCGAGGACGGGGGCCUGGCUGCCGAGGAGGAGGGCGGGCUGCGGACGUCCUGCCACGUCUUCCUGGUGGACCCGGACCUGUCUCAGCACAGGGCCCACCAGGGCCUGGCCCGGCGCUUCGGCUUCGAGUGCACGCCCGACCCCGACACGGGCGGCUGCCUCGAGUUCCCUGCGUCCUCGCUGCCAGUCCUGCAGUUCGUGUCCGUGCUGUACCGGGACAUGGGCGAGCUGAUGGAGGGCGUGCGGGCCCGGGCCUUCAUGGACGGGGAUGCGGACGCCCAGCAGAACACCAGCACCAGCAGCAACAGCGACAGCGGCAUCGGCAACUUCCACCAGGAGGAGCGGGGCGGCCGUGUGCUGGUGGUGGACCUGGGUGGCGGUGGUGGCCGGCUGGGGCCUGGCAGCGGCUCCUGGGAGGCCGCAGGCGGCCGGGGCCCUCAGCCGUGGGGCGCCCCCUGGACUGGGGCCUUCUGCUACGACCCGGAGGGGGGCCCCCCUUUCGAGGCCGCGCCCCCGGCUGACAGGUGCUGGGACUUGGGCAAGCACCUGGGGCCUGCUGCCCGCGCCGAGGGCCCCCCCACGGCCUCGCGGAGCGCCGUGCCUCCCUCCAAGAGGACUGCCGCGGGCCCAGGUGGCGGCCUCGGCCAGCGGUGGCUCCCGGCACACGUCCUGCGGGAGUGGCAGUGCGGGCACGCCAGCGACCAGGAGUCCUACACAGACUCCACCGACGGCUGGUCCAGCGUCAACUGCGGCACGCUGCCCCCCCCCAUGAGCAAGAUUCCAGCCGACCGCUACCGCCUGGACGGCAGCCUGGCACCCCCUGCGCUGAGCGCCCCGAAAAGGGACUGGUCCAGGAAGGCUUUGGGGAUGCAGAACCUUUUUGGUCCCCACCGCAAUGUCAGAAAGACGAAGGAGGACAAAAAGGGCUCGAAACUGGGCCGGGGGCUCGGACCGGCCCAGCCCGCCCAGCGCCCCUCGGCUCGGAGGCCCUUCGGCAGAUCCAAGAGGUUCAGCAUCACCCGGUCCCUGGACGACCUGGAGUCUGCAGCCGUGUCUGAUGGGGAGCUGAGCGGCGCCGACCUGAAGGACUGCGCGAGCAGCCACAGCCUGAGCAGCAACGCCAGCCUGCCCAGCGUGCAGAGCUGCCGGCGCCUGCGCGAGCGGAGGGUGGCCAGCUGGGCCGUGUCCUUCGAGCGGCUGCUGCAGGACCCGCUGGGCGUCCGCUACUUCUCGGACUUCCUGCGGAAGGAGUUCAGCGAGGAGAACAUCCUCUUCUGGCAGGCCUGCGAGCGCUUCCGCCGCGCGCCCGCGCACGACCAGCGGGAGCUCGCCCACAGGGCCCGGGAGAUCUUCAGCAGGUUCCUGUGCAGCAAGGCCACCACCCCCGUCAACAUCGACAGCCAGGCCCAGCUGGCCGACGACACCCUCAACGCCCCGCACCCCGACAUGUUCAAGGAGCAGCAGCUGCAGAUCUUCAACCUGAUGAAGUUUGACAGCUACACCCGCUUCCUGAAGUCCCCGCUGUACCAGGAGUGCAUCUUGGCGGAGGUGGAGGGCCGGCCGCUCCCCGACGCCCGGCAGGUGCCCGGCAGCCCGGCCUCCAAGCACAGCGUCGGCUCCGACCACUCCAACGUGUCCACACCCAAGAAGCAGCUAAGUGGGAAGUCACGGUCCGGUCGCUCCCUGAACGAAGACCCGGGCGACGAGGACAGCGAGAGGAGGCGCAAGGGGGCGUUUUUCUCCUGGUCCAGGACCCGGAGCACCGGCCGCUCCCAGAAGAAGAGGGGCCUCGGCGACCAGGCCAAGGACACCCCCCACGCCAGCGGAGGCCUCGGCCGCAGGGGGUCACAGGGCUCCGUGUCCUCUGCGGGGAGCCUGGACCUGCCCGAGGCCGGCAGGACCCCGGCGCCCGAGAGGGACAAGGCGGGCCAGCACUGCCGCGUGCAGCUCCCCGACGGCUCGUCCUGUGCGGUGCUGCUGAGGCCCGGGCUGUCGGUCAAGGAGGUGCUGGCCGGGCUCUGCGAGCGGCACGGCAUCAACGGGGCCGCCGUGGACCUUUUCCUGGUGGGCGGCGACAAGCCGCUGGUGCUGCACCAGGACAGCAGCGUCCUGGAGUCUCGGGACCUGCGUCUGGAGAAGCGGACUUUAUUCCGGCUGGACCUCGUCCCGAUUAACCGGUCAGUGGGGCUCAAGGCCAAGCCCACCAAGCCUGUCACGGAGGUGCUGCGGCCCGUGGUGGCCAAGUACGGCCUGCACCUGAGCGAGCUGGUGGCCCGGCUGAGUGGCGAGAAGGAGCCCCUGGACCUUGGCGCCCCCAUAGCGAGUCUGGAUGGACAGCGGGUCAUCCUGGAGGAGAGAGACCCCUCCCGAGGAAAAGAGAAACAGAAGAGCGCGGCCAGCAAGCAGAGCGCGGCGCCCGGAGCCGGCGCCAGAGCCCACGCGGCUGCGGGAGAGGAGCGGGCGCUGGGCAAGUCUAAUUCUAUUAAAAUAAAAGGCGAACGCGGAAGGCACGCCAGGGAGCCGCGGCUGGCAGGGAGAGAGGGCUCCGCCGCCAAGGCUGCGGGGAAGAAGUAUCAGAAGAUUAACCUGGACGAAGCGGAGGAGUUUUUUGAGCUCAUCUCCAGGGCCCAGAGCAGCCGAGCAGACGACCAGCGCGGGCUGCUGAGGAAGGAGGACCUGGAGCUGCCGGAGUUCCUGCGCCUGCCGGCCCGCGCCCCGGCCCCCGCCCCGCCCCUCUGCCGCCUGCAGAGCCCGGCCACCAGCCCCAGCUCCAGCGACAGCCCGUCUGGGGCCAGCCCGCCAGGGCCGAAGCCUCCCUUCUGCGUCCCCCUGAGCCCGACCCCCCACGAGCAGGAAGCAGCGGCCGGGGGCAUCCAGACCGUGGAGGGGGGGCAUGAGGCCGACCUGACGCUCACGGGGGAGGGGGACAUCAGCAGCCCCAACAGCACCUUACUGCCCCCUCCCCCAGCCCCGCAGGACACAGCUGGACCUCCGAGACCAGGUACCUCUGGGUUUUGACCCCCCGCUCGCCUCGGGCUCCUCACCAUUCUGCGCCCCCAGUGUCGGCCCCCGGGCGCCCGUCGGGAGCAGCCACCUGGCCAAGCCUGGCGCCCCCGAGGCCAGGCUGGGGCAGCUGACCAGGGCGGGGAUGCCCAUGCUCGCUCCCGCCUCCCCAUGGAGCGGCUCCACCCCCAGAUGUGCCCGUGUACCCCAGGCCGCCUCCGCGUGCUCGUCUUGAGGCUGAACAGAGGCAGCCUCCGUCGUGAGGCCCUGUGUGACCUGGAGCGGCAGCCUGUGGCCUUGGCAGCCAUUGGGGCUGGGGCAGAGCCGAGGGUCCCUGCAUGGAGCGGGCGCCCCAAGGACCGUGUUGGGGACAGCAGGAGCCCCCCAGAGGUCUGGCCUGGGUGGGCGGGGAGGGCGCCAUCUGACCAAGGGCCGGACCGUCCCUUGGUCAUGGCUGUCCCUGUCCCAGGAGGGCCCGGCGGCCCUGGGACGCGGGCCGAUCUGCGGCGGGCUGGGGCUGCGGGCAUCCAGCACGCGUGGUGGGUGGGCUCCGGGGUGGCCCCGCCGUGCGUGUGGCCCUGCAGCUCCCGCCCUGGCUCGCCGGGCCUGUGCCUCCGGGGGUAAUAAACUCUGCGUCUCACCGUGCACUGGCGUAAACUUUCUUCCUUUCUUUUGAAAACUUAUUUCCAUCUUGGAUGUGUUUUAACCCAGGGAAAGUCCUCGUUGCAGGGAGGUCCGUGGGUUGACCGGCACACGCUGUGUUUAGACUGUGCCGGCCCCUGGGCAGACUUUUUGGGCGCUCCGCUGGGGAGGACAGACAGGUAGGGUGGGGCCAGGCCUCCCCUUUAUGGCACAGGUGAGCGGCCAGGCGGUCCACCCCAGAGCCCAGCCGAGCCAGUGGCCGCCCCGUGAGCCCCACCCCCCGGGCAUCCAGUAUCUCCCCGAACAGUGGAGCGGACGCCUGCGUGGGCGCAGAGGCCCCGUGUCCUGCCCUCAGGGUACCUCUCGUCUAGAGCAGAGACAGACCCGUGGAGCCUGGGCUCCAGAGAGAAGGGGCCGCCUCAGGCUGGCCUGUGCCCCUACAUGCCCACGCCGUGCUGGCCG